AUGGUGAUUCUAAGAACAUAUAUCGAGUUGACUAGAUGGUACACCACGCGGUACCGGCUUUCUAUGUCGACGAAGAGCUGGCCGCUCGUGAGAGGAUCUUCAUUGAGGGAUGCAAGGGAAACACUCGCGAGUUCGAAGGAGGAUGUUGGAUUCGUUUGUGGGUUGGAGGGAAAGGUCUGGCCUUGGCCUCUUUGGCUCUCCACACAACUCCCCUCUUGUCUUUUCUGCCAAUUUCUCCCUUUCCCCAACAAACACUCCCAUCCCCACUUUCUCCAUUUCAAGCCCCAAUUUGGUCACUUUUCCCUCAAAAGAUCGACUUUUUCUGACCCUUCUUCUAAUCAGGUUUCUGGGUCUUCCUCCAAUAAUUCUCGGUCUUACUCCAAUGGUGUGGUCAGUUUUGAUUUUGGGUCAUUUUCAAAUGGCAAGCUUGGAAGUGGGUUCGCGUCAGAUGAGUUAUCUGUUUGGCAGGAGCUGAAAUUGGAGCCUUGUAGUCGCAAAGAUGGAUUUACAAAUCCUGAAUCUUUGAAGAAUUGUGGGGUUGAUUUAAAUUCUGGAAUUGGGCUUGUGUCAGAGAGGCAAUUGGCUUUGAAGGAUAGUGGGAAAGAUGGGAUUUUGCAUGGAGUUGCUGUUAUGGCAAGAACGGUUUUUCCAGUGACCAAAAGGCUAACAGUGAAUAUGCGAUGGGGCAUGAAUUUUCCGGCUGAUUUGAGAAAGACAAUGCCUUACUUGAGUGUGAAUAAGAUUGGUAUAGAAAGGGUUGAGGAGGUGAAGGAGGUAGUGAAGAACAGUGGUGAGAACAAUGUGGGUGAUUUGGAAUUGUUGAAGGGAAUGUGCUUUUGGACGAGAAGGGAUUUGGAAUCUUUGGAGAAGGAAAAUAGAGAGAUGAAGCAGAGUUUGGAGGAGAUGAGAUUGGGAAUUUCUGUGAAAAUUUUCCGUGGAGAGAGUGAUGUUAUCGGAAAGAAGGUGUUGCCACCUACUAGUGAGAGUUCUAGCGAGUUUGAGCGGUGGAGGAGCAAGAAGAGUGGCGGAGAAGAGAAUGGACAAAGGGAAUCAAAGAAGUCCACAAACCGGGUGAGUGAUGUAGAAUCUGAAUUGCAGAGGGCGAUAAAGGCGGCUUCGUUGUAGCAAGGUUUGAAAUAUUUUUGCAAUGCUCAAUUUGGUUGCUUUGCAUUGUAAACUUGGAAUGUAUAUAAUCUACCUUUCGUUUUAGCAUGACCUAGGCCUUCUACUCAAUGCAGUGAAGUUGCAUAGAUAAGGGUUGAUUGGAGUAGUUUAACUUAGUUACAGAGUAUUGCAAAUGCUUUGUGAGCUCUCCUCUGUUGAUUUCAUUGCUGGAAACGUCAUUCCAUUUGUUUCACGGAAAACUAUCUUCACAUAAGAUUUUUCAUUGAAACAAAUGGAAUGACGUUUUCCAGCAAUGACCAUGAGGCCUAUGAGGCCUGGUAUAGGGGAUUUCUAUCAUUUAGAAAAACAUAGACAUGCAAACUUCAAAUUUCGUAUAGAACUUGUCUUCCUUAUUAUUUAUCGUUCAGUAGCAGGAAAAUAGUGUGGUUCCUUGAGGACAUGAGGACAAGUUGAGUUAAAGAUACACAAAAAUGGGAGGAAACUCUUAAGGUUAUAAUUUGCCAAUCACCCCCCUUUUUCCUAUACUGAAGAGCAAAGAUCUCACUAUCAAUUAAUCUAAAAAUCCAAAUGAAGUCUAGGAAUUGUCAGCAAGUGGUCCACAAAACUAGGGGAGGAGGGUAAGAGAAAGGAAAAAUUGAAUCACUUGUAUAUAUUCUCUGGCUUUCACUCUUUUGGGUCAAUCAACUUCUUGAAUAAUACCCAUGCUCACCAGAUCCAAACUCCUCUGAUCACAACUUUGACUAAAUAGUAGCAAGCAAUUGAUCUAUACUGACAGUAAUGAAGUAUUUUAAGGAAGGCCGAAAUACCAUUUCUCAUAGAAAUCUUUAAAUCAAUCUCUAAAUAAUUUUGUGAGCCAAUCUUCUUUAGAGAGAAGUAAUAAUUAUAUUUUACACACGCACAUAAGCAGAUCUAUUUUUACCCCACUAAACUUGAUUGCUUUAUAGGGUUGCCCAACUCAACUGAAGACUGAACAUGUAUUGCAUGCUCAAGUUGCAUAAUUAUAGGCAUAGAAAAGGUUACUUAUCAGGAAAACAAAAGGGAGGUUAGAAACCUAAUAAGCGAGAGAGAAUAUGGCAAACCUUUAUGACUGACGAAGAUUGAACUUCAAUGAAGUUGCCUAACUCCAAUUCAUUUUAAUUUUUUAAUUUAUUUAAGUGUUAAAGGGAAUUUUCGUAAUUUAUGCUUUCUGGACAUGGGUUGCAGUCUUGGUCUAUUGGGUCUUAUUUUGGGUUUUGAUUAUGUUAUUAGGUUUUAUUUGUGAGUUUAGUUAUUCAGUUUAAGCCUAGUCAUCACAGCCCCGAUUAGCGUUAGCCUGUUAGGUAUAUUUAUCCAUUUAUAUGAAUGUAAUGAUUUGAUAUAUUUUCUAAAUUUUCUGUAAUUAUGAAAGUUUUCUUUUAAGGUUUGUAUGAUUCAACCUUCUCCGUGUGUAAUUCCAAGGAACUAUUAAGUGUGAUGGCUCUAGUUUCAUUCUUCUUCUUUUUUCACUUCUCUGUCCUUAAAUUUCCAGCAACUUGAAAUCUUGCAACUAAACAUUUAUUUGUUACUUUUGAAACCCUAGACCACCUUUCCAUAAAAUAGCCCCAAAGAAUCUACAAAAGGGCAAAAUACUGUUCUCCAUUCAUUGUUCACACUUCACAACUCUGCAAAAGCAACCCAAACCCUACGUUUUCCCUAUCUGUUUUAUACAUGAAUCCUGCUAUUUCUAUAUUCCCUAAUAUUUUCUAGCCCUUUUCCCACCUAUAAAACCCUAAUCUUUGACAUCACAAAUCCAACAAACCUCCUGCAGGUUAACUCCAUCAACCCAAUCUGUCAAGAUAAAAACCUUUGUUCUAUUGUCCUACGUCACUAACUUAACUAAGGGGUAACUUUUUCUUCUUCUUUUUUGAGAGAAACUAAUGGAUAACUUAGGAAAUAAGUUUGCAGGAUUUCAUUUAGAUAAUUUACAUCUUAGGAAAGAAGUGGAGUGAAGAAAAGUUAAAUGACUUCCAUUUUAAAUACCUAAAUAAGCUGUGGAGAGAAGAGAGGUGGAAAGAAAUUACUUUUAUCUGGUCCUCAGAGAGAAAUAAAGUGAAAUGUUUGGGUACAACAAUUAUAGCACAACUUAAAAACUACUCAAAAGUCACAACCCAAAAGAACCAUCAACUGAAAACCCAAAAGAACCAGCUUCUGUAAACAGAAAUUUCUAAGUCAGUUUUUUCCCUAUAUCAACCCUAGGUCUCCUACCUCCCAUUGUGUAUGUCACAAGCUCAGUAGCCUCCAAUGAAUCACCCAAUGAAAAAAGCCAAACAGACAUGUCUAAGUCAUUAUUUUCCCUACAUCACCAACACAACCCGUCAAUGAUGUAAAAGAUUUUGUUCUUUCUCAUCUUUUAGCUGUAGGUAACUUUAAUUUUACUUUAUUUAACAAAGCAAUGGCUCCAUCCGGUGAGAUAAUUAGACUUGCUUAAUUAUAAACAAUGGCAUCAAAGCAACACUACUAUUUUCUUAUUUAAUUUUUAAGCUUCUUUAGUGAGGAAGAAACAAUAAAGUUUUAAGAACCUCUGAGGUUCCUACAAGAAAGGAUAAUGUUGACUUAUCAGCCUCAAAUCCUGGACUGAGUUUGAAAAGCCUAACAAGCAUCAGAAUUCUUCAAUUGAUCAACAUAGGGUAUUACAAACCUUCUUGUCAAUUUUUAUUAUAUAAAUCAAUAACCAUUUUUUUAAUAGAUUGAGAAAUAAAUCAAUUUGCCAUGUAUAAUGCUAUCAACAUGUUCAAAAUCAUCCAGAACUGUUGAGCCAUUGUUGCUAAUUUAUACUUGAAAAGGACACAGAACAGAACAUAGUCCACAAGGAUUUAACCUCUUCUUCUUCUUCUUACAACAAGUGGGGGGAGGGGGGAUUCAAACAAGGUUCUCCUCCAUGAGAGGGCCAGACAAUGCUGACCAAUCUAAGUUCCCCUUCAAACUAUAAAUAGGGCAUUGACAUUGGCUUUCACCCAUUCACUACGAUACAUACAAAAAAUUUCAUAGAACUCUAUUAAGAUUGAUUGCUAAGCUAACUACUAAACACCUCACCCAAAGACCAAAGUAGCCAACUUAAGAUUCAUAAAUCAAAGUAGAAGAACUGCAAAAGGUCAAAAGAAAAAUUAAACUGUUCCAAACACUUGAAGUAAAGGUACAUGAAAUCAACAGAGGAGAGCUCACAAAGCAUUUGCAAUACUCUGUAACUAAGUUAAACUACUCCAAUCAACCCUUAUCUAUGCAACUUCACUGCAUUGAGUAGAAGGCCUAGGUCAUGCUAAAACAAAAGGUAGAUUAUAUACAUUCCAAGUUUACAAUGCAAAGCAACCAAAUUGAGCAUUGCAAAAAUAUUUCAAACCUUGCUACAAGGAAGCCGCCUUUAUCGCCCUCUGCAAUUCAGAUUCUACAUCACUCACCCGGUUUGUGGACUUCUUUGAUUCCCUUUGUCCAUUCUCUUCUCCGCCACUCUUCUUGCUCCUCCACCGCUCAAACUCGCUAGAACUCUCACUAGUAGGUGGCAACACCUUCUUUCCGAUAACAUCACUCUCUCCACGGAAAUUUUUCACAGAAAUUCCCAAUCUCAUCUCCUCCAAACUCUGCUUCAUCUCUCUAUUUUCCUUCUCCAAAGAUUCCAAAUCCCUUCUCGUCCAAAAGCACAUUCCCUUCAACAAUUCCGAAUCACCCACAUUGUUCUCACCACUGUUCUUCACUACCUCCUUCACCUCCUCAACCCUUUCUAUACCAAUCUUAUUCACACUCAAGUAAGGCAUUGUCUUUCUCAAAUCAGCCGGAAAAUUCACGCCCCAUCGCAUAUUCACUGUUAGCCUUUUGGUCACUGGAAAAACCGUUCUUGCCAUAACAGCAACUCCAUGCAAAAUCCCAUCUUUCCCACUAUCCUUCAAAGCCAAUUGCCUCUCUGACACAAGCCCAAUUCCAGAAUUUAAAUCAACCCCACAAUUCUUCAAAGAUUCAGGAUUUGUAAAUCCAUCUUUGCGACUACAAGGCUCCAAUUUCAGCUCCUGCCAAACAGAUAAUUCCUCUGACACAAACCCACUUCCAAGC